UACAUUGUGACCCCGGACAAUGCCUAAUAAUAAUAGGAGCAUUGCGUAAAUUUUUAAUAUCCAAGAUGUGCACUUGUCAAUGUUCUAGUCUAUUCUAGUUAUAUUACAAAGGAUUUUUUCUUGGUUAUUCCACGAUGGCAAACUUAAGUUAUGCCUUUCGAGAGAACGCACUAAAUAUGUACAGGAAUGACGUUCGUGGCUUAUUGGAUUCAAAAUCUUCAGGGAGACUUCAGAGAACAGCAGAAAAAUCCCAACCACAUAGCUCACAGUCAACAAGUUCCCAUGGCAACCUGCACCAUGCUUCCCAUACUCCCCUCAAGAGCCCACAUUCCCUCGGGGGGACGUCAGGUACAAACAACCUGCGUGAUCAUCAGCAGGGAAGUACGAAGCACAAACAGUUUGUUGAUCCUUAUUUAGCUGCUUUGACUAAAGAAACCCGUGGAAAGACAAAACAGAGAUAUUCGUCUACAGAUUACUUGAUGCAAUGGUAGGAAGUCUGAUCUUCAAUCUUUUAUCUCGCAACAAUAAGAAGUGCAAUCUGUUUUUAGUUGCAUCAGGGUAGUAUCAUCUACACGACUGUGUGAAGUGGCUUCAAGGCAACUGGAAGCACAUAAAAACUGAAACAUUCUGUUUAUUUUACUGUUUUAGUUCAUGCAUACAUAUUGAGCUAUUAUGUAUAUGUUCAUGAACCUUUCCCUUCACCAAGAUUGUACUUACUUCAGAAGCAGAAAACAUAUUUAAUACAGUAACAAAAAGUUGUUCAUAUAGUAACAAAGUUUUUACUUGCUUCAGAUUUACUAUGUAACUUUUUAUUUUUAAAGACAGAUCAAUACAGAUCAUAACAAAUGAAGUAGGACUUUAAUACAGUACUCUACACUUAUUAAUAUUGUAUCUUUUGAUUCCUAAACAAAGAACAUUUUAUGAAACACACUAUUCUGGGGAUUAAUCUCUAGGGAUGAUAAUACAGGUGCAUUUAGGGGUUGGUGUCUAUUUUUAAAAGUUCCAUGUAAAAGCUAAAGAAAUUUUA